AUGGAAGUCCCAGUUCCCGAGCCAUCAAAGGGAGAGGACUACAAACGAAAUUCGGGGAACAAGAGGAAGAAAAAGCAGACAACACAGGAAACCCCGCAGGAGCAACAAACGAGUACUAUGUACGCCGCCACAACACCUGCUACUCCAGCACCUGCCAUUCAAUAUGCUGGAACCCUCCUAAAGUGUGGACAGUGCAACUAUCACCACACCGGAGUAUGCCAGGAAAUGCAGUGUCUGAACUGCCAUAGAAACGGACACACAAUCCGUUUCUGCAGGGCACCGACUCAACCGAUCUCCCAUGUCCCCGGAGUUGAAGAAAACAAAGCCUGCUACGGCUGUGGCGAAGCCGGACACUACCGGGGGGGACUGCCCCAUAACAAUGAACUCAGUCGCGAAUGGACGAAUUCUGAUGAUCAUCGUAGGAGAAACAACCCCAGAGUCAUCAACGAGCAGCGGUGA